AUGGGAUCCAUUGAGGGUGUGACAAAUAUCACUGUCGGCGUGCUCGCUCUGCAAGGCGCUUUCAACGAGCACGUGCAGCUGUUGAGACAAGCGGCCAAGAUCCUGUCUACCAAGGAAACCGUAGAAAGGACUUGGUCAUUCACAGAAGUUCGGACCGAGCCGGAAUUGAGAUCAUGCGAUGCUCUGAUUCUUCCAGGAGGAGAGAGUACUGCGAUUUCGCUGGUAGCACAGAGAUCCAAUAUGUUGGAACCCCUUCGAGAUUUUGUCAAGGUUACAAGAAAACCAACUUGGGGAACUUGUGCAGGUCUGAUAUUGCUUGCCGAGUCUGCAAAUCGAACCAAGAAGGGCGGCCAGGAGCUCAUUGGCGGUCUCGAUGUUCGAGUCAAUAGAAAUCACUUUGGACGACAAAUAGAAAGCUUCGAAGCGGACCUUAAUCUUCCAUUCUUGAGUGAUGGGGAUGAUCUAGGGUCGGACAAGCAUCGAUCACCUUUCCGAGCAAUUUUCAUCCGAGCCCCUAUCGUGGAGAAAUUGUUGCCGCAUGUGGCUGGAGAGCAGCAAGGAGAAGCGAGCAUUGGCGAUACAAUCGUUGCGCCGUCUCGGACAAUCGACGAGAGUGUGGCCAGAGGCAUCAAUUUAGGAGAAGUGGAAAUCAUGGGUACUCUACCUGGUCGAGCUGCUGCUCUGAAAACCGACGAAAACACAGGGAAAUUAGAUGCAGAGGCGGGUGAUAUCAUUGCCGUGCGGCAAGCAAAUGUGUUUGGCACCAGCUUUCACCCAGAACUUACAGGAGACCCUCGAAUCCAUGUUUGGUGGCUGGAGCAGGUGAUUGAAGCUGUCAAUCUACGAAGAACAUCUUGA